AGAUGACAGUUCGACUUCUCUUCCUGUUUGGCCGAGGAUUCAUUAUCGGAAUUCCUCCCACGGUACAAGUCUAACGGAUUGAGACUCGUUUUCACACUUCGCACGGACGGAGAUCAUGGGAGGCAUCAAACAGGAGCAGAGUGAUGCAUCCCAGCAGCCCAAAGCUUCACACACAGCGGAUCCUCCACAAGAUGAGCCCAAGAAGAGAGGCUGGCCGAAGGGAAAGAAAAGAAAGAAGGUGCUACCAAAUGGUCCCAAGGCACCAGUAACAGGAUAUGUCCGCUUCCUGAACGAACGACGAGAACAUAUGCGGGCCCGAUACCCCGACUUACCUUUUCCGGAAAUCACCAAGAGACUCGGGGCAGAGUGGACACGAUUAGCCCCGAAUGACAAACAGCGCUAUUUAGAUGAGGCGGAACGGGAGAAGAUGCAAUACGCCCAGGAACUGAAAGAGUACCAGCAGACUGAGGCCUAUCAGAUCACCAGUGCUAAGAUACAAGACAAGAGGAUCAAAAAAGAAGACGCUCCAUCAGUCAUCUUCAGUACCAGUUCAGGGUCAUCUUUAACAAAGGCUUCUGACCUCUCCAGCAGGUUUGACAUCCCUAUUUUCACAGAAGAGUUCCUCGACCAGAACAAAGCUCGAGAGGCUGAGUUGCGACGGCUUCGUAAGGCCAACAUCGAGUUCGAAGAGCAGAACGCAGUGCUGCAGCGGCACAUUAAGGACAUGUACAAUGCAAAAGAGCGCCUGGAGGCUGAACUGGGGCAGGACGAGAAGCGUACCCAAGCUCUUCAUCAACACUUGCUGGCUAUUAAACACACAUUGGUCAACAGUCUCUCAUCAGUCCCCCUGCCAGGUACAGGUGAGACAGCAUCUCUCGGAAACCUGGACUCGUACCUGAGUCGUCUCAGUGGGGUGCUUGAGGGAAACCCCCACAAACACCGCGCCCUGCUCAACCAACUUUGUGAGGUCCUCUCUCAUCUGGACAGUGAGAAGUUAUGAUGAGACUCCAGGCAGAGACCCACUCCAGAGGGACAGGCUUGGUGGUAUUAGGUCAAGUCAGUGCCAUUCAACAGAGCAUGUAGGCAUGGUAACGUCAAGCAAUGCAAAAGGGUACAAACACUUAAAAAAAAAAAACACAACACACACAGUCCACAUCUACAUGCCUAUUGUUUAUGAAUAUGUGUAUUCUGCAGAAUGUGUAUUCCUACACAUGUUUCUUUUAUGAAUGUAUGUGUGGCAGCGUUGAGGGUUUUUUACAGUUCAGGUUUUUACCAAAUCCAGUGUAAUCUUCCCUUCAGAACUGCCUUAAUUAAGUACAUUUGAAUUGACUCUAACCCUAUCGUGUAGCUUUGUAUCAGCAGUUAUCUACAGGUUCAUGGCAUGUCCAAUACUGCAAGCCUAAUUAUCAGUUUACAAUAAAUGCCAUUUGGCAUGUGGUGGGCGGGGGACGUGUACGUAGUGUUAUUUAGAAUGCAUGAAAAAAAAAAAAAAACUGGAAGGGGUAAAAAAAAAAAAUUAAAUGUUGGGGUAUACAUGUUUGAAUUUCCAUUGAUAAUGCCAGGUUGUGGAAUGGGCAGAUAGUUUCAAAUGCUGUAAGAUUCUAUAUUUGUGAAGUAUAUUUGUAUUUUUUUCAAAUGUUCAUUAAACCAUACUGAAAAUGCUAUUUCCAACAAAAA